UCGGGCGGGGCGCAGCGCAGGCGGGACGAGGUGACGGUCGAAGGAAGGAAGAACACCAAGAAUUUUCAUUCUAUUUCUAUCUAAUUACGGUGAUUGAUAUCACCUCUAGCUGGACCAACGCCUUAUUUUUACCCAAGCUCCCUGUGAAACCCAGAAAAAUGUCUUCAAACACCGCUGCAGACGAAAUAGACGAAGCGAAGGAGCGAGCCCACUUUCGCGCCGUUGUGACCGCUUUUAAAUAUUAUAAACUAUGCAGCCUCGACAGAAUACAGAAGUCAGAGAAGAUGAUAGCCAAGCUGCCGGCCACUCACCAACGGAGGCUCGAGAAGUACAAGUCCUACCUCACCAAGUUUAAGAAGUGUCUCGAUGUUAACAACAGUGUGGUGCACCUCAUUAUUAAGGACGUCGACACGAUGUUCGAAAACGUGGACCACACAACGACGGACAACGGCAGCAACGGCGCUGAGAGUUUCGGGUGCAACUAUAAUAACUGUGAAAUAAGCUCGCACAAGCAACAUAAGAUGCAGCACGACGUUGAUAAGGUGGUGUCAGUGCUGAAGAAUAUAGUCCGCGAUUGGAGCGCCCUCGGGGCGGCGGAGCGGGAUCAGUGCUACAAGCCCAUAUUGGAAGAGAUGGAGGAACGAUUCCCUCUAGACGAAUACAGUGAGCGCAGCCGCGUGAAGGUGCUCGUUCCGGGGGCGGGGCUGGGCCGCCUCGCGUGGGAGAUAGCUGCCCGCGGCUACAGUUGCCAAGGCAACGAGUUCUCACUGUUCAUGCUGUUUGCGAGCAACUUCAUACUCAACCGGUGCCCUGAGGCGAACAAGUACACGGUACACCCGUGGCUCCAUCAAUACGUGAACAACGUGACAUGCGAGCAUCAACUGCAAGCGGUCACGUUCCCCGACGUGAGGCCCGGCGCUGAGCGACCGAACCACCACUUCUCCAUGACCGCAGGGGACUUCCUCAAGGUAUAUACAGAAGCCGAGCAAUGGAACUGCGUAGCGUCGUGUUUCUUCAUAGACUGCGCUCCCAACGUGAUAGAGUUUAUAGAGCGGAUAUACUCGAUUCUAGAGCCAGGCGGCUAUUGGAUCAACCUUGGACCUCUACUGUACCAUUACAGUGACAUGCCAUCGGAAAACAGCAUAGAGCCACCAUAUGACAUUCUACUCGAGAUUAUUAGAGACAUUGGUUUCGAUAUUCUGAAAGAGCAAACGGGCGUGAAGACGAAAUACGCCCAAAAUCCCAACUCUAUGAUGCAGCACGAAUACGACUCAGUUUUCUUCGUGUGCAGGAAGCCUUACUGUAUGUAAACACACUCACACACACAACUACAAAGAAUAUACGGAAAACUUAUAAAAUAUGUACAUAUUAAAAACGGUCAACCAAAUCUUAGCACUUAAAUAACCUAACCUAAAAAAA